CUUUUAGCAAAAAGUAACGGAACCGGGCACUACUGGAUCGGUGGGCUUUGGGGAAGUUUCUUUAGAAUUAGAAGUUGACAACGGUUCACAUUAAGUUACUAGAAGUAACAUUUGGGACGAGAACAUUCUAAAGAUGAAGUUAAGUUAAAUGUGCGUCAGGAUUUUCAAAAUAAGGCCAAAGUAACGGAGAAGUUUCCCAUCGUUUUGUCGCUGAUGAAACAAAUUGAAGUUAAAUGGAGGCAGAAAAGCGUCAAAGAAAGGCAUGAAUCUCGGCGUCCCCGCUAAUUCUCUGCUUCUUUUUCGCGCAUGUGAUGAUGGGGACUAUGAAACGGCUCGGAGUAUCCUGGAGCCCGGAGCCUCCAAGGAGUCCGGACGGCAGAGCAGGCUGCGGUCAGAAGCGGGGUCGGAGUGCGCCGCCGCGGACAUGUUGUCUCUGGUACCGGUGGACGGCACGGACGAGGAGGGGAACACCGCCCUGCAGUUCGCGGCGGCCAGCGGCCACGAAAACCUCGUCCGGUUUCUGCUGCGGAAGGGCGCCUCGGUGGACAGCCGCAACAACUACGGCUGGACGCCGCUGAUGCAGGCGGCGAGGUUUGGUCACCUGCCCGUGGCCCACAUCCUGCUGGAGAACGGAGCAGAGAUUAACGGGCGGAACCGGCUGGGAGCCAGCGUCCUGACCAUGGCAGCCCGCGGAGGCCACGUUCACGUGGUCAAGCUGCUUUUAGAAAGUGGCGCCUUCGUCGAUGACUACGAUCACCUCGCUCUUGUGGCAGAAGAAGCCUCCAACGGCAACAACAACAACAGCGCGGUGAGCUUCGGAGCUGGGGAGGGCUGUCCUGGAGGAAGUGGCAGAGAGUUCAUGGACAUCACGGCGCUCAUGGUGGCGUCGCAGCACGGUCAUGAAGCCACCGUGCACCUGCUGCUGGAAUGUGGCUCUGACGUCAACUUUUCCCAGAAGGCAACGGGCUGGGGGCCGCUGAUGUUAGCCACGCUGAGUGGAAAGGUGGCUGUGGCUCAGCAGCUGGUGGAGCACGGAGCCGACCCGGACCGCAUCAACGUUCUGUCCAAGACUGCCUUUGAGCUCGCCAUGCAGCUGAAGCAGAGGGACAUCAAGGCUUAUCUGGACUCCAUCACCACUGUCAGACCUCAGACAGACGAUGAGCGGCGGAGGCCUGAUGUGUUCAGCGCCCUCAAGCUGGGAAACUCUCAGCUCGUGAAAGAGAUCCUGGAGGAGGACCCGGCUCAGGUGAACUCCUCUAAUCAGGAGGGAGCGACGCCUCUCAUGAUAGCCGCUGUGAGCGGUCAGCUGGAGGUGGUGCAGCUGAUGGUGGAGAAGAACGCCGACAUAGACAAACAGGACGGCGUUCACGGGUGGACCGCCUUAAUGCAGGCCACCUACCACGGCAACAAAGAGGUGGUGAAGUACCUGCUGAGUCAAGGCGCUGACGUCAACCUUCGAGCCAAGAACGGAUACACAGCCUUUGAUCUGGUCAUGCUGCUCAAUGAUCCGGACACUGAGCUGGUGCGUCUCUUAGCGUCGGUGUGCAUGCAGGUGGACAAAGACAAGUCAAAGCAGCGCGGCAAGGCGCUCGUUUCGCUCUCCAAAAGCAGGCAGCCUUUCGCCGCUGUCCCUCUGCCCCCCGAUGACAAGGGGGGGCUGAAGUCCUGGUGGAGCCGGAUGUCCAAUCGCUUCCGGCGGCUGAAGCUGACUCACACUUUGAGGAGCGGCCUCUCUGGCAGUCGUCUGGCCCCGUUCGCCGAUGACGCCGAGGCCUCGCUGGAUGCCACCAUGAAGGCGGAUGCAAAGGCUGCGGCUGGCUCCAACGGCGUGGUGCCGCCUCCUUCUCCCUUGGGAGUAAAUGAGGCCGGUGGCGUCUGGGCUGUCAAGACCAAAGAUGCCCUCCAUUGCAGAGCUUCUUCAGAAAAGGAAGACCCUCUAAUAACCACAAUGCUAAGAAGCGGGGCGCCACUAACCCGACUGCCAAAUGACAAACUGAAAGCCGUCAUUCCUCCUUUUCUACCUCCGUCUAACUUCGAACCGUGGAACUCGGACCGCCCGCGCCUCCUCAGAGAGGGGAAGAGCGAGGCCCCUCGCCUGCCCAUGCCGCCGCAGAGGAAACUCACCAGCAGCGGGAACUCUGACAUCACAUCCAUCAGCCGUGUGGUCAACAGGUCUUUCAAGUUUCCCAGCAUCUCCAAAGGACCCUCCUCCUCUUCUCCCUCCAACUCGGGUCACUACCACUCCCCCCACUCCUCUGGGGGCUCUAACGGAGUGGCGGGCCUCAACCGAGACUCUCACAACCGCUCAGGGGGCAGCGCAGACAAUGUUCUGUCCCAGAUAGCAGCUCAGCGUAAAAGAGCAGCAGGUCUGAUGGAGGGGAAGACCCAACCCCCAGAGAAACAGCAGAACCAGCCCCCUCCGCCCACCUCCGCCCCUGACAUCAGCCUGCCCGAAAUCCCCACAAACCCCAGCCUGGUGGCUUCGGACAUCCACUCUCGGAGGAAGAUCGAUCUGAAAAAGAGACCUCAGUCUGGAAAUUCUUCCACCUCCAAGAGCACAUCGCCCACCUUGACGCCGUCUCCCUCGCCGACCCCCAAGAUUCACCCCGGCCCGGGCGACUCGCUGUCCUCCACCUCCUCUCACCCUCGCUCCAAGAGCAGCGGCGGCUCGAGCAGUGGGACCAUCACAGACGAAGAUGAGCUGUCCAGUAUUUUAAAGAAACUGUCUCUAGAGAAAUACCAGCCUAUUUUUGAGGAACAAGAGGUCGACAUGGAAGCAUUUCUGACUCUGACAGACGGCGACCUGAAGGAGCUGGGAAUCAAAACAGACGGUCCCAGACAACAGAUCCUCGCUGCUAUAUCAGAGCUCAACGCUGGAAAGGGCAGAGAAAGGCAGAUCCUUCAAGAAACCAUCCAUAACUUCCAGUCCUCCUUUGGCAGCAGCGCCAGCAACCCCCGGCAGCCAGGAGAGCCUCGCUCUCCGACCUGGAUGAGGCAGCAGGUGCGCUCCUCCAGCAAGAGGUGACCUUGAAGGUACCAAGCGGAGGAGGAUACUUCCCAAAGACUGAGGGAAAACGGGACUAAAGCUGUCAAAUGUUGGCACCCUGAUCUCCUCACUGUGUCAUGUGAAGGGAGCCGUCACAUGUGAAGGGAGCGCUGGGAGUGUGAGGCGCUGACAGGCGACCUCCCCCAGGGAGAAAACAAGACGGACGGAGGUUUUCUUUCUACAAGCUACAUCUACUUUCUCAAAAAAAUACAAAUUUUGUAAAUAAUUUUAAUUAAACUCUAAAUCUGAUCAUAUUUUGAUCUAUUUUAAUCAUGAUUAUGCCGUUUUAAUCAACAAAUCUGUCAUUUUCUAGGACAUAGUUUCUGUAGAGCGACAUUAGAAAUUGAUCACAGAUGGUGUCAAAGCAGAUAAAUGUCAUUAAAGUAGAAAACUUUGCGAGGAUGUUGGAUAAUUGGAUUUAACGAGAAGCAUAAAUUUGACUUUAGAAGCAUGGAUUGAGCAAUACUUUCCAUUCAUCGUUUUCAGUCUUUUUUAGCUUCACUGUUCUUUGAAGUCCUUUACAUGAAAAAAAUCUGUUAAAAACAAGACAAAACUGAUGUUAAUUCUUCGUGGUCAUGUUGUAAGUCUUAUAAACAACACAAUUACUAUCUGUUAGAUUAAAAGGAAAACAUAAAAAGCAUAAA